UCUCAUCUAUAGGCAAAUAUGCAACACGCAUAAUUCUUUCAUUUAUUAAAACGUAUGAUUCUUCUUUUCAUAUUUAGCCACUUUAUAUUCUUUGCAAACGUUUCGUAAUAUUCAAGUUCGUAAACGUUUCGUAAUCACGUUCCUAACGUACCAAGUAACGCAUAAAAAAAAAUACGUAAAAUAUAUAAAAAUAAUCCUGGAUAUUUGUAUUAAACAACAGACUCGUAUAGGGAAAAAGUGAUUUAAACGCACAUUUUUAUGAAUUAAUAUUGAAAUACGGGGCAGUCAUCAAAACCGCGGUCAGGGCAACCGGUAAUGACUAGUCUGCUGAUCGUAUUAUCGCAAACAAUGCACGCUUAGGCGGGGAAGUAAAAGAGGUAGCUCAGGCGAAGGUUCGUGGGAAUCAUUUAUUUGUGGAGACGACUGUGGCACGGUCGUCAAUGCUAUCAAUAAGACCCGUGUGACUGUUCGAAAGAACUGAACGAAAAGUAUCCCUAUCGACUCUUUGAUUAAGUUAAAUUAUCCAUCGUUUUAGGAUGACGUUAACGUGUUUGGAAAAGGUAUCGCUGAUUGCGUUAGCAGCGAUUGGCCUGCGAAUUUUGUUACGAGUGAGCGUUUUCGUAUGGAAGAAACUGAUAGCACCAAGCUUCGGUUUUGGUAUCGACGUGAGAACGCAAGGUAAAUGGGCAGUGGUGACAGGUGCUACCGAUGGUAUUGGAAGAGCGUACGCUGAAGCGUUCGCGGAAAAAGGCUUGGAUGUUGUUUUGGUUUCACGAUCAUUGGAAAAGCUUGAGGAAGUCGCAUCUGAGAUGAAACAACGUUAUGGAGUUGAAGUUCAAGUUGUAGCAGCUGACCUGACCGAAGGACAAGCGGCUUUCGCGAAAAUUGCCAAAGCCACCGAAGGAUUGGAGAUCGCUGUGGUGGUAAAUAAUGCUGGCGCGAGUUACGAACAUCCGGAUCUAUUCAUUAACGUAACGGAGGAAUGUUUAGCAAAAAUUUUACAAUUGAACGUCGCAGCUAUAACGGGCGUUGCAAGAGCACUUCUUCCUCAAAUGUUCGAACGCAAAAAGGGAGUUUUGAUAAACAUGAGUUCGGCAUUAGCAAUUAUACCAGCUCCUUAUUUAGCCGGGUAUGCAGCUAGCAAAGCUUUCAUCGUAAAGCUUAGCCAGGACUUAGCUGCAGAAGCUGAACCUCGUGGUGUGACUGUUCAAUGCGUCAUUCCUGGCGUAGUCGCGACCAAGAUGUCAAAGAUCAAAAAGGCAACUUGGAUGGCACCAACACCGGAAAAAUUCGUAGAAUCGGCACUAAAAACGAUCGGCCUUGAAUCUUGUACAACAGGAUAUCCGCCCCAUCUCUUAGUAGUUGCUGUUGCACUUACCUUGCGUUGCAUUUGCGAGAAAGGUGCAGUGUGGUUAAUCUCUAGGACAAUGUGUACCAUAAGGAAACGUGCUUUGGAUAAGAAAGCAAGAGAAGCAAACGUAAAACCAGAGCCACCACUCAGCGUCGAGUGAAUUCCAUGAACCAGAAUCUGAAGACCUACGACUACAAAUGUUACUGCUCAAAAUCAAGUCAUGAGGGAUAUAUAAUUUUCCUAUAAGUUCUUGUUAUAUUCCUUGUAUAUACAUUAUGUCCCAUAUUUAUAAUUGUUAUACAAAUAAAUAAACGUGAUUGCUGUAU